UAACCAUAUCUCUCCAUCACUUCACAUUUCACAUUACUACUAACUUUCCUUAUCUUCUUCAUAGAAAAUGCUAGCAAAACUCAAGAUUGCCUUCAAAAUGGAAGGAUGUUUCAAUGAGGAAGCCAUGGCUAAAUCCACAUGUGCAAGCUCGAGGAAGGGCUUAGUGGUUGCUGGGUUGCAAAGCCUUUUACUAGAAGGAGAUUCUAAUGUUGUCACAAAAUCUGCUCUGAAAACACAGCGUCUUCGAGUCCAGGCUACCACCAUUGAAUAUUGCUACCUCAUAUCGUGUAACUUGUGUAACAAGAUGUUGAGCCCAGACAAAGAUAUCUACAUGUACAGGGGUGAUCAAGGCUUUUGUAGCACAGAGUGCAGAAAUAGGCAGAUAGUUUUGGAUGAAAUGAGAGAACUAGAAGCAUCCACCAAGGAAAGACUAAAAUCUUAUAAGCACUGUAGUACUGCUGCCGGCCGGCAUGAGACUCGCCGAGUCCUAGAAGACCUCCGCCGGCGUCAUAAACCACUUCCUCGUCAAAACCACUGGACAAUAGCCUCCUAGUCUUCAUAACUUUUCUUACUCCUAGUUUUCCUUUUAUGUCUUUCUUCCUGAGUUUGUACUAGACGGAAAGUUCAAUGGAAAGGGUUACUGUAGAGUGCCAUAAGAAAGUAAACAGUGGGGUAGAUGUCAAAUGAAACAGCAGAUAAAAAUGAUCUCUAAGACGAUAUUUUGUUCAUCUUUCGAUUAGAUGAGCGUUGUUACGCCAUCACCAUCAUUCCUUUGUCUUUUACGAUAUGAGUAAAAGACAGUCUAUAGAUGGAAUCAAAUCAUAACCAUUUUGAAUGGCAAUAGUGCAGAUACUUCGCUGUCA